GGUUUGCUCGUCAGAGCUCUUGGCAUAUUAAAAAGACUGUGAUGCGAGAAAUUAAUUGAUAUAUCACUGUGCGUCCGACAACCAGUUGCGUUUUCAUUAAUACCUCUACCAACGUUGGUUGCGUUCAAUGUAAAAACUUUGUUUAUUUAAAUUAUAUGUUGCAAUAAGUACUUUAUAAAAAAAUAUGUGCCAAUUGUGAAAAAAAUAUACCGCGAAAAGUUUUGUGAGCCUUUUAGAGCUUUCUUUUCCCAACAACUUUUGAAAACUACUUAGUUAUGUGAUUUUAAUUAAAUUCUAAGUGAAAAUAAUGACUUUCUUAGUCACUUUAUGUGUAAGCAACUGUUAAAAUGAAGAGAAUUUGGUUUAAUCUGGUGGUCACGUCUAUUUGCAUUCUCACCGCGUGUAGAGCCCAAACUACUGCCGACCCGUUCCUCAACGCCACCGCCUCCCCGCCCCCUGGCGGCCCGUGCUCCCAGACUGGACCUGGCGACGUGGACCUCCAGACCGUGGACCUCAUCGCCGUGUACCAGCUGGACCGCGCCGCCACACCCGGGGUCCGCGUGGUGCCCGGCUCCAGCCAGUGGCAGCGCGCCUAUAGGGUCGGGGCGGAGGCUAACUUGACUUAUCCUUUGACCUCGGUAUUCCCCCUCGGCCUGCCCUCCCAGUUCUCCGUAGUCAGCACAUUCAACGCGCGGGGCGCCCGCCGGCCGUGGAGCGUGCUGCGGGCGCGGGACGCCCCUCGCCAGCUCACGCUCACGCUGGUGCCGCGCGCCAGGAGGGUGCACCUCUAUGUGCGGGGAGCUAGGGCUGUGUUCUACACGGAGAAGCUGUUCGCCCCGGGCUGGCACAAGCUACACGUCGGAGUUGCCAACGACUCCGUCAGGCUCGCCGUCGACUGCGUUGAGCUAGAGCCUGAGUCGAUCGCUCCUCAUAACGCUUCGAAUGCUACCACCUUCACCAUCAUCUCCAACGACGAUGGGACUCCCGCAGAAAUAGAUCUGCAGUGGUUGUCUCUGAGCUGCCACCUCUACAACAUUACUGUUGGGGAUUGUGAAGACAUUGAAAGUUCAGCAGCUAUAACUGCGACUGCAACUGAAGGAUUUUCGAACUUCGACGCAUCGGCAUCGUCGAGUUUGCUUCCGGCGGGGCAGGUGUGCAACGCUUCUUGUCCUCCUGGCCCAACCGGACCUCCAGGCGAGCCCGGGGUGCAGGGGCCCCGCGGUUUCACUGGCCUACCGGGUUUCCGAGGACCGGAGGGCCCAACCGGAGCGCCGGGAGCGACGGGGCUGAAGGGAGAUAAGGGAGACCCUGGAGAUGUGGUAUACAGUAAUGCGAGUUUGAAAGGGUCUACCGGGGAGCCGGGCCCGAAAGGAGAGAAGGGGGAUAUAGGGGAACCUGGACAGAAGGGAGAGCCGGGUGUAGAAGGACUGGUGGGACUAGCGGGCCUGCCCGGGGCCGACGGAAAAGACGGUCAAGAAGGUCCGCCAGGCGCCCAGGGCCCGCCCGGGGACCGCGGCUUCCCGGGACCGCCCGGGCCGCCGGGACCAGUAUUUACCUUCAAUACCACUCAAAUAGGGUCCACCGGGACUGAUUGGUCCGUUGGGGACCCCCGGACAGCCUGGUACCCGGGGCCCACCGGGACCGGCGGGACCAAGGGUGAAGCCGGCUCGCCCGGGCUCCCCGGCCGGGCGGGGGCGGACGGGGUCCCGGGCACGCCGGGGCGGCCGGGUCCUCCGGGACCCAUGUGGACCAGCGCCGCGUCACUCUCGAUGGGAUCACAAAUGACGGAAUCCAUGGUGCGAAAUAUCUGCGAAGACUUAUUUAGAGGAAUCCCCGGACCACAAGGGGACAGUGGGCCCCGCGGGUACCCCGGUCCCGUAGGGGAGGCCGGGCCGGCUGGGCCCGCCGGGGAGCGCGGGCCUAAGGGGGAGAAGGGAGAGCGGGGACCGGAGGGGGUAGGGCUACCAGGACCGGAAGGGCCGAGAGGUUUGCCUGGUGCUGUAGGACUGCCCGGGCCGCCCGGUAAGACCGGACCUAGAGGCGAAUCCGGUCGGGAAGGAUUGCUAGGCCCCCGCGGGGCGCCCGGGCCCCGGGGCGCCUGCGACUGCCCCGCGCCCGCCUACUACGCCUACGCACCGCAGGGGAACAGCAAAGGACCAUAGUUAGGACAAUUAGUGAUGACUAGCAACAGGUUGAUGAUUGGUGAAUCACCGAGCAUCAGAGAUAUGACAGACAUUUGAAUAGCCCAUCAUAAAGAGCCCGGCUGAAACAGGUGCAAGUUUUGAAGAAUCAAAUCUCAUAGGUAUUUGGGCCUUGUCAAAAUAAGGGUACAGAUAUUGAAUUUAUUGAGAAAUCAAUACUUAAUAUUUUUUCAGGAUCUUUCAGGGUUAUGUUGGUUCUAAGUAGGUACCUAUGUUCAUGGGCAGAAAUUGUGCUAUGCAUUUUGAGAUUUGGGUAUAUACGAAAUAAGAUUAGUCAUUGUAAUAU